AUGGUUCUAGCGGUUGUCAGACGAAUCACAGCCAAAACUGAUGUUGCCAAAGGUAUUGUGACGGCCAACAUCGACCUCAAGGAGGUUGUCUGGCGAGGGGCUGUUCGGCUCAUCAAGGACUUCUGGCACUUUAUGUGUGACGUGCUCGAGGCAUCGACGAACGAGGUCCUCAUGGUUGCGCCCACAGCGUUUGGCUUCAAUGAUCAGGCAGCGGAGGACAACCACUUCAUGCACAGCUCGACGAGCACCUCUUCAGGGAAGCCUGGCGGCUCCAUGACUCACAAGGCCCUCGCGGAGUUUGCAGGCCUCCAUUACGAGCUGACAGAGGUGGCAGGGGUGCGGGUGUCGCUGUUCCAGCACAGCCUGGAGCAUGGCACUCCCGACGCAGUCUUCCCCAACAACUGGUUCACCACGCACCCAGCCGGCGAGGCGGCAGGCGGCGUCAGAGAAUCCACCCUCGCACUGUACCCCCUCAAGUGCCCCAACAGGCAGAUGGAGCGGCGGGGUGACAUAGUUGAGGUGCUGCGGGCGCGCGGCUACGGCCGGCUGUGGGACAUGAGCGCCGCGGAGAAGCAGGGCGCCUUCUUCGAGGGCACGGGCGUCCUCGUGCUGGACCGCGUCAAUGGUGUUGCCUAUGUCAACCUCAGCGAGCGCGCAGACGCCGACCUCGCCCGCCAAUGGGUCGACCGCAUGGGCUACAAGGAGCUGGUGACCUUUCGCACAGUGGAUCCGGCUGGUGCAGACGUGUACCACACCAAUGUGAUGAUGGCCAUUGGCUCGGAUGUGGCCGUGGUAUGCGCACAGGCCGUCCCCGACGCGGCCGAGCGCGCGCACCUGCUCGAGCGCUUGAGGCGGCACCACACGGUGGUGGAGAUUACUAACGAGCAGAUGGGCGCGAUGUGCGGCAACAUUCUGGAGCUGGAGGACGGCCGGGGCCUGCCGGUGCUGGCCAUGUCCACACAGGCGCACAAUGCAUUCACGCCCGAGCAGCGCGCUGUGCUGCGGCGCCACGUGGCCGGGCUGCACCAUGCGCCGCUGGACAACAUCGAGUACAUCGGCGGCGGCGGCGUGCGCUGCUCCCUCGCCGAGCUCUUCUGA